AUGAGGAUGAUUUAUUUCUGCAGCAGCCACACUGUACAAUAGCCAACAAGAAAGAGGUCGCCAUCCCAAGGUUCAACAGUUUUAAGGCACAAGGGGUACGGUGUUGGACAUGCUCAUGCAAAAGACAGUAGGAGAGAAGGAAGUGAAUGGUGUGAACUCAUUGGAUACAGAAGACAACACCGAAUAGGUGAGCUUUUAGAGGUCUCUUGAAGGACAAGGGGGAUGGAUUCAUAGAUAUUAAGGUCAGAAGGGACCAUUAUGAUCAUCCAGUCUGGAUCUUGUUGAACAUUAAUCUGGAUCUUAGCUAAGAACAUGAGGUGUCACAAAAGGAACUGCAAUAGCCCAGAGUGAGUGAAGGAGACAAAGGGAGUAGUUACACUAGUAGAUUGGCAGCGCAUAUGGAAUGGGAGGGAGCAUAGGAGGAGACAAAGGCAGACUCCCAGAGAACUUUGGAGGUGAAGAGGAGAACCCAAGAAGAGAGGAAGGGAGAGUGGAGUUGGAAGAAGGACCGGGGGAGACAGAUCUCCACAGAGGGGCAUUGCUUCCACACUAACGGAGAACCCCGUGGAAUGAGAUGCACGCUAGAUAAAAAGGCAAGAUUGUGACUCCCUUGCUCAAAUCAAGUCAUAUAUUACAUCGCAAGCAUAUCAAUGGGACUUUUCUUCAGUGUGAAUAAGAGUAUCACAGUCCAGUCCACAGCAAGGAGAACAGUCUUUAACUGGGUGUUUCUAUGCUGUAAAAGAGGAAAGGGGAAGAAUUAUGAAUAUAGAGUGUUGGAUUUAUGACUGCAGGAGAUAGCGGUCCGCAUGAAGCCCGUUUCUUCACCAUGGCCUGUGAAAGCCAAGCAGAUGGAGCUGAGAAACAAAGUCCCAUCUCCUACUGUGGGACCCAUGCAGGUGAAAGCUCCCUUCACUGGGUGAAAGAGUUCCACAAUGGCCAAGUGCUUAUGGUUCUCACUGCUAGCAAUACCUGCUCUUCCACCUUCUUUGAUCUGGAGCUUUGUGCAGAGAAACUGAAGACCUUUGGAAUUCAGAUGACAAUGGAUCAGUGGAGGAACUUAAUUCAAAACGCCAUUCUGGAACCUGAAGUAAGAAGAUACAUGUUCUACAACUCCAGAGCUUUUGGGAUAGCCAUUGCUGUGAUUUUCUACAUCUCAAUCUGGGCAAAUAUUUACUCCACCAUGCAGCUGUAUUCCUUUGGGUGCCACUGGGAAGUCAGCAUUCUGGUGACGUUGGCUGCCAUAGCACUCACUAUAGUUGUUAUAUUGAUUAUUGACCAACAUCAAAGGAAGAUACAUGUGAAUACUGAUGUGAGGCUGGCAGCCGCCAAUGAAGUCUUCAUGAAGCACAACUUACUUCUGGGGGUUGCAGAUGCCAUGGACAGGCACCAGAAUGUUCUACAGCUUUGCUUUGUCCAUUUCAACUUGGAGCAGUGUCUUCACUCCUUAGCAGGCUAUAUUACAGAACUGAAGAGAAACCACCAGUCAGCCCUGAGGCACAAUCUGGACCAGUUCUGUGUCACUAUGGAGACAGUGAUCCAGUCGGGUCAGGGGAGAGGAAAGGAGAGUUCGUCUGAAGAGUCACCUCUUCUACCCAAUGACAAGAAAGGGACUCUGGCAUGCAGUGAACUGCUCCAGCUCAUUCCAGAGGGAGCUCCAGAGGUGAUGGCUCAGCAGCUGUUGGUGAUCUUCAGUGGCUAUUACAUCAGACUCUUGAUCAGUGGUCAACUCCCUCAGGUCAUCAUGUUAAGGCAUGUGGAACACAUGAAUAUCCCCUGCCUUUGCCAGUUCAUAGAGACGAAUGUGCUUGACACAGGACACUGUUGGUUCAAGGCCAGGUGACGUGAGGGGCCUGGAAUGAGUUGUUGCAAUUAAUACUGUUCAAAUACAGAGGUCCAUGGAAGAAGCCAGGGCAUAGGGAAGUCCCGGAGAGAGAUGCAACUGCAUCAGGGAUUUGUUUUGACCAAUGAGAGGUCAGUAAUGAGGUGGAGGACAUGACUUUAGUUAAAUAUUCAAAAUCCCAUUCAGAGACAAUAAAAGAGACAGACACCUAACUGCCUUCUUGCAGAGGAGCAAAAUCUCAUGUGAAGAAGUGAAUUGGGCUGCUUACAAAUGUGCCUUCCUUACUUCUCGUCAGGUCUGUUGGCCGUCCAAUACAAAUAGUUUCAUUUAAGUGUGUUUGUAAUGAGCUAUCAACUCAUGCUGGCAAUAGUGCAAGUAAGGAUCAUGCCUGGAUGAUACACAGCAUAUAAAGUUCAUAUUGUUGAAUGUUUAAUGCAAGGAACAUGGCAAGAUCAUGGCUAGUUAAGUUUCCUCUUUUAUGCUCCACUCAUGUUCCUUUCAUCAUGCAUGUGUGAUCCUUGCAUUUUUCCCAGCAUGGGCAAAUAACCUGGCUAUUGUCUUUAUUUUCUUGCACAGACAUGCUCUAUUUUAUUUGGCACUGGAGAUCAGAGCAUGACAUCUCUCAUGCUUGCUCCACCCCAGCAGAAACUCACAAACUCUUAGCAUUCCAUUUGUUCUGGACUUCUGUUGGUAUUUGUUGUUUGCUAGGCAUGGACACUGCACUCAGCACUGUACAAAACACAGAAGAUGUCACGACCUCUGACCUGGAGAAUUGUUAACCUAGGAGCAUGAUCAGAAACAUCCCCCACUCCCUUUUACUCUAUCAGGAGUUAGGGGUGAUGAACAACUUCCAGAAGGUGCUCAGCAUCUCGCAUUAUUAGGCCUUUUAAAAACAGACAACAUGAAGCACACUAAAAAAUCUAAAGCAAAGUUCUUUAUUGAGCAUCUUUUCUUCAGUUUUGGGACAGUAUUUUGGGGUUUUUUUUUGCUAUCAUUUUAAAUGACAUGGAAAAGGAAUUAGUUUUAAGCAGGAGACCAAAGUGUCUGCUUGUUACC